AAAGUCGCUCGGCAGUCGCUUCGAACUCCGAACCGCCACCCGUUCGAGAUCCUCCUCAGUCGACACCGGCCUCUUCUGUCUGCAAGUGCUCCAGGCCCUCCAGGCGUCAUGGAAUCCAAGGACAAUCAAACGGCUGCGGCGGCCAAGGCUGCGGCGGCAGUUCAAGCCAACAAGGCGGACCAGAAAAACUCUGACCACGAGCCUUCAGGUCCAGGCUGCAAGAGUGGCUAUCACGGCAUCGGAUCGAAGCCCGACCUGGACAACCAUUCUGAGCAGCUGAACCCAAACAAUGCCAAGUUCGGCGGCGGAAAGUGAACCUUAAGUUUGAGAAGUCAGUAACAAACGGAAUGGAUGAAUAAAACAAAUCAAUGUGUUAA